GCUGCGGGCGGCGGCGCGGCAGCCCCUGAGCUCCCCGAAGCCGCGGAAACAAAGGGAGCGAGCAGCGGCAGCACCGGGCCGGGGUGGAUGCAAGCAACCAUGAAAGGCUGGGUCUCCGCCUCCUCCGCUGCUGCCAGAGAGCUGCCGGCUGCCGCUGCUCGGAGGACUACCCUGUGAAGGGGGCGGAGGAGAGGCUGGCUGGGUUCGCCGUGCAAAGGUAGAAGGUGUAAGGGAGAGGCGGAAAGAAAAUGUCUUCUUCGGUGGGGCCCCGCGGCCCUCGCCCGCCCACGGUGCCUCCCCCGAUGCAGGAGCUGCCCGACCUGAGCCACCUGACAGAGGAGGAGAGGAACAUCAUCAUGGCAGUGAUGGACCGGCAGAAAGAGGAGGAAGAAAAAGAAGAGGCCAUGCUCAAGAGGUUGCAUCAACAAUUUGAAAGCUAUAAAGAGCAAGUAAGAAAGAUAGGGGAAGAAGCCCGCCGUUACCAGGGAGAGCACAAGGAUGAUGCUCCAACAUGUGGAAUCUGUCAUAAAACAAAGUUUGCAGAUGGUUGUGGCCAUUUAUGCUCUUAUUGCCGGACCAAGUUCUGUGCUCGAUGUGGAGGUCGUGUCUCUCUGCGAUCAAACAAUGAGGACAAAGUGGUUAGAAUCCAUGCUUUUUAUAAUUUAUUGUUAUAAUGUUGUUAGUUAAC